UUGAUAUGUCCAAGGCCUUCGACACUGCGUGGGUUCAGAAAUUGACGCUGAUACUUAGAGGGGUUGGUAUAGGUGAGCCGCUCUUGGUAUGGUUGAAUGACUUCUUGAAACAUAGGAAGUUUCGUGUAGGAUGUGAGAGCUCUGUGAGCGAGACUAUGCUGCCGAACUGUGGUACACCUCAAGGAAGUGUGGUUUCACCAUGGUUAUUUGCUGUGUUGGUCUCUCAGCUCCAAGAUAUUCCGGGUGAAAACUGUCUAGUGCUGCGAUUUGCGGAUGAUAUUUUGCUGUUAGUUAAGUCUGAAUCAAGUACCAGAGCAGAGAGAUUGAUGCAGACAGCUUUGAAUCCUCUGCAAAGCUGG